AUGGCAACUAUGCAGAACAUGCAGUUUCUGCAAGCUGUGCCAAUGGCACAGAUUCAAGGAGGACAAGCGCCCAUGGGUGCGUUCGCGCAGCCAAUGGGCAAUGGAAGUUUUGCAGUACCAAUGGUGGCGCCACAACAGAUGCAGGCGACCGCUAUCCCAUUUCAACCGGGAAUGACCGCAUUUCUCCCGCGCACCAUGAUGGGGCCCCAGCCUGGUGCUGGGAUGGGCGAGGAGAAGUUCAUGAUCAUGGCAAUGCCAAUGCAACAGGGGCAGUGGAACGGCAAUAAUCAGAUGCAGUGGCAGCAACAGCCACAGCAGGGAGCUACCGGGGCAUGGGACGCACGGCAGGGACACCAGGCUCAGCAACAGCAGCGGCCUCAACAGCAGGGACAUGGCAACAACGGGCGCAACAGAAACAAUCGCCACCGCCAAAAUUGGAAUGGCGGUGGCCAUGGUAAUGCAGGAGGACAUGGGCACGGCGGACACAACGGAUGGCACAACAGUUGGCAGCCCUGGCCGCAGCCGCAGUGGGGCUGGGGCGGCAAUGAUUACAUGAUGCACUCGAGGCAAUCCAAUGCAGCCAUGGACAACGACUGGCGCCGCAGAGACUCCCCUGCGCCGGUGCCUCCGGUGCAGAUGGCGCAGUUGACGGACACCGAACCGAUGCAUCCGGGGCUCCAGCCGAUGGCAAGUCAGGACAACAACCAAGGCGGCUGCGUUGACAUCUACAUCAGCCGCAAAGCCAACGCCUCCAGCUUGGCACGAGGACGCGAGGGCACGGCAGCCAACGAUUCGGCGGCAAGCAUGGCAAAGGCAAAGGCAGCUUGGCGCCCAGAGUAG